GUCUGUGAGGUAGGGGUGUGUGUGUGUGGGUGUGUGAGUGAGACAGCCGGGAGGCUGGGAAGCUCACGGAGCUCCGUCUGAACAUAUACAGGAGGGAGGGGGCCUCGGCAGGACUGAAUGUGUGCGCGCACUUGUGAGCAGGGCUGUGUGAAGGGUGAGUGGGUGAGUGUGUCAUGGGUGUUAGGUGUGGCUGUGUGUAUGAUGUAAGGGUGCCAGGUGCACGUGCAUCCCUGGCUCACCCUCACCCACCCUCACCAGAUGUGUGUGAAGGGAGGGGGGUCUGGGCAGUGGAGUAGGAGUCUCCUACAGCAGACUCCUGCCCAGUUUUUUUGCCUUGCCAUCUUUCCCAGGAAGCCAGAGAUAGCCAGGCUGCCCCUCCCCCAAAUACUCCCCUAGGGUUAAGGGGAAGGGAGCAGGCCCAGCCCCAGGAAAGAGGGGAAAGGCUGAAGGGACAGAGCUUCUGCCAGACCAGAAAGCAGGACUGCCUUCUCAGCCUCGGCCAGAUCACUCAGCCCUGUGCUUGCUGCCCCGCCCCCCUCAGCGGCCCCCAGGGCCCCCGUGUUCCUGGGUCUGAGUGAAUAGAGGGCCAGCAUCUUAGGCAGGGGCCCAAGGUGGGGGUGGGAGUAGGCUGAGUCUCAUCUCUGAGGGUUAGCUUGUUCACAGUUGUAUUACCAGAAGGGUGCUGGGCACCUAGUAGCCUCAAUGCAUAUUUGAGGGUGGGAGGGAAUGCUAGAGGAGAAGGGAGGGAUGGGAUCUGUGAGUCUGGCAGUCAAGUCUGUCCCAUCUACUAUCAGUCAAGGAUGAGAGCAGCUGGUUGCUGUCAUACACCAGCGCCCAAAUUGAACAGGUCGGGGAGGCAGGGACGUAGGGAGAGGGAGCCUUAGGGAGACUGUAGGGAGAGAUUUGUACUGGGGCCUGAAUGGAGGAAGGAGCUGGCAACUCUUCCUGGGCAGAACCCUUUGCAUCCUGUCACCAGCACCUGCUCCUCUGUGAUCAGAAGCGUCUCUCUGAGGCACUCUGUCCAGGUAACCAGGGCUCAUGGCGCCUCUCCUCUCUCCAGGACUUUCGUGCUCAAAAGGUGCUGGAGAGUCCCCUGCCUGCCGAGGCCACCUGAGACCAAGUAGGGCCAUGGCCGGGCAUGGCUGUCUGGGGCUGGGGCUAUUCUUCGGGGUCGUGCUUGCUGUUCCUGUGGGCCCCCAGCCUGCUUCCUCCGUCCCAGGUCCCCCUCUCACCACUUUGACCCCACCACCUCAGAGCGAGGACUCGAUGCUCUCUCUCAACCUGGGACUUAACUUCAAAUUUCACCUUCGGGGACCGGCUGCUGCCUGGGGGAGCCCUGUUACGGAGACCCAGCCACUCUCUCCUGGGCUGAGCCAGGAGCUGGAGGAAGAGGUGGUCAGAGGACUGAGGACUGACCCCCUUUGGGAGCUGCUGGUGGGCUCCCUCGGGAACUCCCCCCCAGAGUGGGGCUCUGCUGAAGGCAGCCCUACUACUCCCUGGGCCUCCUCCCUGCCUCUGGAGUCCACAUCUCCCCUCUCUGAGCCCAGCGACAGGCCUACUGCUCCCUUCCGGCCCAGGAUGGGCACUGUGACCUGGGAUACUGCUCUGACAGCCACAGCACCUUCAUCCAGUGUCCCCAGGCCCCACCAGACCGAGCUGGAACUGAAGUUUGACAUGGCGCUGAGAGCAGGUGCCGCCCCCACACUGGGGCACCGCACGUUGCCCCUGCUGCCCAGUCUGCGGGCCAGCCUGGCAGAGAUCGCCGGACGCCUGGGGCCCUUCGGGUUCUUUGGCACCACUCUGUCCCCACUUCGGAACUUCUCAGGUGCGAGCCCCCCAGGCCCCACUACACCCCCAAGCUCUGCCUCCAGAGUCUCGGAUUCUCCAGGGUUCUUUGGUACCACUCUGUCCCUGCCCUCAUCCUUCCCGGAGACAAAGCUCCCAGGCCCAGGCCCACUAGACCCAACUGCUUCCCUAAGCUCUGCCUCUGUUGCAACAGCAUCACUAGACGCCACCGUCCCCUCUUCUGGCCCAGAUGACCCCUCUCCUGCCAGCCUCGGGAACCCUUCUGUGCAGCCAGAAUGUGGACCAGGGUCCUGCAGCGCCGGAGAAUUGCCUGAACGCGAGGGGCAGCCUCCUGCGGCCCCGCUGCCCCUCUUUUUCCUCACCUUGGAGGCCGACUGGGCAGAGGCCAGGGCUCGCUGGGGGUUGGCCUGGGAGGCCCAUGUGUACGGGGUAGGCGCCCUCUUCGGUCUGGUGGCCGUGCUGGCACUGCUGGCUCUGGCCCUCUUGCCCUGGCGCUGCCCGCCCGGCGCCCCCUGCCUGGCGCUGCUGGACGUGCUUCUGCUCUCCGCCGGGACCACGCGGGCUUUCCCGCUUUUCUACGACGCCUAUGGGCAUCGCGACCGGCUGCCCGCGCUCGCCUGGCUGCUACUGCAGGACCUUCCGCUGCCCUGCCUGGCAGCCGGCCUGGGCCUGGCCUGCCUGCUGCUGGCGCGGCCUCGCCCGCCACGGUGUCCCGCAGGCCUGGCGGCGCUGCUGCUCCUGGGUCUGGCGCUGGCGGCCGCCGCUGCCCUCGGGAGCGCCGCCCACCGCCGGCUGAGGCCCCUGCGACUUGCCUCCCGCGGGCUGCACGCCUUCCUCGCUGCCCUCCUAUCCGGGCUCCUCCUGGCGCUCUCCUGCUGGAGGGGUCGGCGGCGACGAGCCGGAGCGCCCCUGGGAGGGUCCGGCUUCAAGGGGGCCACCCCACUCCCGCAGGUGCGCAGCCCCUUCGCCCCGCGCGAUUCCUGGCGGCGCGCAGCGCGCACGGCCCCGGUGGCUGGAACCUUCGGGCUCCUGAGCGGAGCCUUGCAGGGCUACGAGGUGCUGCACGCCCUGGGUUACGGCGGCCAGCCUGGCCUGGAGGGGCCCUGGCCCUGGUGGGCCUUCCAACUAGGCCUGCGUCUGGGCGAGGUGGGCGUCGCGCUCCCGUUGGCUCUGCUGGGCCUCUACCCUGCGCUCUGCAGCCGGCGCGUCCCGCCGCGCUGCUGGGCCAAACUCUUCCGCUUGUCUCCGGGCCACGCGGCUCCGCUGCUGCCUGGACGCUGGGUCACCGGGCCCCCAGACAAGGAGCCUCUGGGUAGCGCCAUCGCGCGGGGCGACGCAGAGCUGCUGCAGCUGUGCGCCUUGGCAGGGCCUGGCCCGGACCUCCUUCUCCAGGGUGGCGCCUGCCGGGGCCUCGACGGGGCAGCGGCCAACCCCGCUCCUUCCCCGGCCUCCUCCCCCUGCAGCGACUACACAGUGGACUUCCGCCCGCCCUCCCCAAUCAAUCUGAGGCGCAGCAUCGAGGAGGCCCUGUGCAGCGAGGCCUUGCUCACUCCGGGCCUCUUUCAGGGCCCUGCCUUCGAAGAAGCCCUGCCUGGGCUCGGCCUCUAUGGCACCACUUCGCUGGGGGCAAAGACCGAGGCUGUGCUCAGUGGGAAGUCGGAGGAGGCCCCCGACACCCUCGCGCCCCUGGAGCUUCCCUCUCCCGGGGCCUGGCCCGCGGGCAGUAGCGCAUCGUCCAGCUCCCUCUGCGGACUCUCCCGGGACAGCUCGUCCAUGCUGCUAUGCUCCAGCCCAGACAGGCCCCCGCGCUGUCCGCUGGUCUGCGUCCUCAGUCCCCCACGGCCCUCAGGAAGUAGCCCUAGCCUCCCAGCCUCAGGAUCCUACCAGGCCCUGUCCCCACCCUCUCGCGACUCCCCAGAGCCUGCCUCUGAGCUGCAGGGCGAAGAGGCCUCGCUGCAGGAGCAAUUCCUGGACGCCUGCCGACAGAUCGACGAGCUGAGCACGGGCAGCGACACCAUAGACCUGUGAGGAGGAAGCCCCUCCGCGCCUGCUCCUCCGAGACCUGCACACUGUAACCCUUCCCCCGUCUUGCCUGGUUCAGAUACCUCUCCCCGUCUCCUUCCGGGUCCGGGGGCUCCUGGGUGGGUGUUUUAGCAGCCAGGCUCUGUUGAUUGGGAAUUAGUGCCACCUUCUCUGGAGCCCUGGGUGCUGAUGCCCUCAGCUACAGUUCUAGGCUGGCAGGGGUCCCUCUUUCCUUGGCAUUCACCAGCAAUAAAGCUCCAAGGUGCUCCACUCCUGACCACCACUCCCCACUCCUGUGCUGAGUGAGAGGAGCUAUCCUCAGAAGACCUCGAGAUGGCCCUCAGUCCCCAUACCCACCUCUGCCGUGCCCAGGAAUCCCAUCCCUGAGGGAGUGAGACUUCCUGUUCUCCACAUGACCCUUCCCUACAGAAGGGUCCAUGACAGAUCUAGGAGACUACAGCUGUUGGGUGGGAGGUGAGUGCUAUUAGAGUUAAUUUAUCAAUAAAAUAUUU